GUUUUAUAUUACUAAGGUUUUAUGUGGCCAUAAAUCAUUUUUCAAAAAAACAAUGCAUGUCAAUUGGUGUAAAUGCAUGGCAUUUUUUUCACCUUCUUUUUCAAUCAUGCCAUCUAUUGAUAGACAAUCAUAAUUGUGGAUGAUUUUUUUUUCUGUGCAAAAUUGUGCAUUUCUUAUGAUAACCUAAAUUGAUAUCAAUUGGUAACAAUUUGUUGAUAAGAUGUUUUGAUAAUGAUUUCUUCCUAAAUAUGUCUGAUUGAUCAAUCAUCAUAUCGAUAUUGGUAUGCGAUUAUUAUUGUUGUUGUUGACUGGUUGGAUGGUUGGGUGGAUGGAACGAGUUUAAAAAACGAAAGAAAAUAAUGUCGGUAAAAAUUAAAUUUGACAAUGCCUUAAUGGCCAUCUCGAUUACUAUAUUGAUCAUCAUGAUAAUGUUACUGUGUCAGCCUAGUUAUCAUAAGAUUCGUGUACAUCUUUAUCCAUCACCGAAAGAUUCUAUAGAACAAAUCGAAACAAUUGCACAGCUAACAAAAGCAUUAUAUCCAUAUGUUGGCUUUCUGAAAACAAUCAAUGAAAGAAUACGACAAACCGCCAAUGAUCAUGAUGGUCGUCAAAUGCUUUUGGAGGAAAUUCGUCGUAAACAAUCCGAAGUAGAAAUAAUAAAAGGACGAAUCUAUGAGAUAAUCGAAACAGUUCCGUAUCGUAGCCAAGAAGACAGUAUUGAAUUGAAUAUUAAUCUACAAAAUUGUCGAACAUUCAUCCGUAUAUGUGAAGAUUUUAUUCGUGAUUAUUUUCCAUCGAAUGGAUUCGAACAAAACAUAUGAUUGAGUGACUUUUUUUUAUACAUCGAUCGGAUGGAUUCAAUGAAUCACCGGAAUCGAUUUUGUUGUGAGGGAAUUUGGUAAAAAAAAAAUUCCAAUACUCUAUCACCGGAAUAAUGAUUAUGAAAUUUUCAACUGUCAUAUAUGACACAGUGAACAACAAUGGAAAAUAUUGAUCAAAAAAAACAAAUCAUUAUAAUUCGAUCGUUCAUUCACCACAUUCUCUUGUUUCAAGUCUUAUCAAACACACCUACAUUGUUGGUUCAUUUUUUCCGCUUCAUCAUCAUCAUCAUCAUCAUCAUCAUGAUCAUAUAUUGAUUAAUGUAAUGUCACGAGAUUAUAAUGUAAAUUUCAAUUUCAUUUCGUUAUCAUUCAACGAAAAAAAAAAUAAAAGAAAAAUUCAAAAAUAGAA